GCGGACCAGGAAGUGAAGAGGUUGUUUUGAUUGACAGAAAUUUGAAUGAAGAUGGACUGAGACAAAAUGUAGGUUUAUAUCAAACAAAAAACAAUUUCGCUUUGUUUUGAAGGUGCAUGGUUGCUCUAAAUGUAAGACGCCUGUAUGAGUGACGCACACCACCAUAUAACUCCACCACCAUGGGCCAGCGAAGGAGGGUGGCAGCUGUCCACGCUCCCCCAGCCAACAGACACCCUGAUGGGCUCACAGUGGCUCCCCAGGCCCCUGCCAGGAAGCACAACAUCUGCAUGGUGUCAGACUUUUUUUACCCCAACAUGGGUGGGGUGGAGAGCCACAUCUACCAGCUGUCUCAGUGUCUGAUAGAGAAGGGUCACAAGGUGGUGAUCGCCACCCACGCCUACGGCUGCAGAAAGGGGGUCCGCUACCUGACCAACGGGCUCAAGGUGUACUACCUGCCCCUGCAGGUGAUGUACAACCAGUCCACAGCUACCACCUGCUUCCACAGCCUGCCGCUGCUGCGCUGCGUGUUUGUCAGGGAGCGUAUCACCGUGGUGCACGCCCACAGCUCCUUCUCUGCCAUGGGCCACGAUGCAUUGUUCCACGCCAAGACCAUGGGCCUCAACACGGUGUUUACUGACCACUCCCUCUUUGGUUUUGCUGAUGUUAGCUCAGUGCUGACCAAUAAGCUGCUGACGGUGUCUCUGUGCGACACCAAUCACAUUGUGUGCGUGUCGUACACCAGUAAGGAGAACACCGUGCUUAGGGCAGCACUUGACCCCGAGAUUGUUUCUGUCAUCCCCAACGCUGUCGACCCCACAGACUUCACCCCCGACCCUUCCCAGCGCUAUGACGACAGGAUCACCAUCGUAGUGGUCAGCCGCCUCGUUUAUCGUAAAGGAAUAGAUCUUCUGGGUGGGAUCAUCCCAGAGCUGUGCCUCAAACAUCCCGAUCUACAUUUCCUGAUUGGUGGAGAGGGACCAAAGAGAAUCGUGUUGGAGGAAGUGAGAGAAAAAUACCAGCUACACGACAGGGUGCGUCUCCUGGGGGCCCUUGAGCAUAAGGAUGUGCGGGGGGUCUUGGUCCAGGGACAUAUCUUCCUCAACACCUCCCUGACCGAGGCCUUCUGCAUGGCUAUAGUGGAGGGGGCCAGCUGUGGACUACAGGUGGUAAGUACGCGUGUUGGAGGGAUCCCUGAGGUUCUGCCUGAGGAUCUGAUCACCCUGUGUGAGCCCACCGUGCGUUCUCUUUGUGCCGGCCUGGACAGUGUCAUCGCUAGGCAACGAUCGGGCAGCGUCGCCUCCCCAGCUUCCAUCCACGCCCACGUCUGCACCCUCUACACCUGGAGGAAUGUUGCAGAGAGGACAGAGAAGGUGUAUGACCGUGUGGCUGGGGAGAAGGUUCUUCCUCUUGACAGACGGCUGCUCAGAUUGAGAACCCACUGUGGCCCUGUGGCAGGCUCCAUCUUUGCCUUCUUCGCUGUCCUCGACUUCCUCUUCCUGAUCCUUCUCCGCUGGCUCCUCCCAGACUGCCUCAUAGACGUUGCCAUGGACGCCACGGGCCCCCAGGGGCUGUGGAGGCAGGGCUUGGGCGAUAGGAAAGGAACUCACUCUAAAAGUGCCAUGUUGACAAAGGAGGAGCCAGGUGGUCAAAAGACCAAGCUAUGAUGAUAACUCCAAGCAAACACAACUCCUUAUCCUCAACCUUAAUAUAACUGCUUAAAAAAAUCUUAACUUGACCUCUGACCCAACACCUAAUCACCUGUGGAUACUGACCACUCAUUGCAGAAUGUUUUAAGGGGAACCCUGAUGUUUACAAUAGGAUGAGUGUUCUUGCUCAGGUUAAGACGGUUAUAGAUAUACUUUUUAUUCUUUGUAACCCCGGAAUGAACUACAAAACUGAAGCACUAAUGUUCCACUCCUAGUUUUUGUAUUUUAAUUUCUUUAUCAAUGCUUUGCACUGAAUAAAGAAGGAUAUAGGUUCACAGAUAAUUAUUUGAUUAAGGAAGGAGGUUGGGGGGUAUACCGUUAUUACAAAAAUGCCACAAUGAAUGCCACUGGUUGCCAUAGACAGCAGUAUAAACUUUAAGGGGAGUCUAAUAGCAUAGUUUUGUAUUUCAACACCACCCACUAACCAAGUUCCCUUCCUUGUCCUUUUGUGCUUGAAUUUCAUUUUUUGUAGUUCUCAACUUCUUAAGGACAGGGGGUGCUGUUUUCACUUUUGGGGAAAAUCGUAUCCAAUUUAAACGGCCUCGUACUCAAUUCUUGC